GCCUGAUUUUCCUACUACCCUGCCGGACCAGUUCGUUGCUCCCGAUCUCCGACGAGGAACCUCGGUUACCAGGAUUCCCCAGAGGCUGGAUUGGGAAGAUUGUACGAUAAGGCGGCUACCUGCAUAUAAACGAUUUACGGAUAUUCCCAAUGAGCCGGCCAACUGCAAGACUUUGCGCGGAUUGCCUGCCUGGCGCACUUAGGCCUAGAGGGCUUCCCGCAGCGCCUGUUCCGCGGCGGGGUACACCAAGACGAGUGCGCAUUGCGGAGUCCAGGAGGGGUCUACAUGGUGUGCAAGGACGUCGACCGGUGGGCUACAUACCGGGUCAUGAUGUGCGUCAGUGUGGUAAUAUGAAGGGUUUGCCGUGGCCUUGCGAGCAUGUGCGACAGUUUGCGACAGCGGGCGAGAAUAAGGGAGAAACCGAGGGAUCGAAGACUGUACUGGAGGAUGGCCCGUUGAAGGAAUAUGAGGAUCGCAUUGCGCAGGGACGAUUGAGGAGUGACCCGUAUCAGAGACAUAUCAUUGAAAGUCUCCAGGCUCUUUUCGAGAACCUCAAGUCGUAUACCCCGCCUAAGGUCAACCACCCCAGCGUUGAGUCGCUCGAUAUUCAGCCCAAGAAAUCGUUAUUCGGUUCUCUGUUUGGCGGCGGCAAAAAGUCCGACGAACCGACCAUCCCCGAAGACCUCCCCAAGGGCCUGUAUAUGUUCGGUGAUGUUGGAUGUGGGAAAACCAUGCUCAUGGACUUGUUCUUCGAAACGCUGCCGCCGAACAUCGGGGCCAAGACACGGAUUCACUUCCACAACUUUAUGCAGGAUGUACACAGGCGCAUGCAUCAAGCAAAGAUGAAGCACGGCAAUGAUAUCGAUGCAUUGCCUUUGGUGGCUGCGGAUAUUGCUGAGGCAUCCAGUGUGUUGUGCUUUGACGAGUUUCAGUGUACAGAUGUUGCGGAUGCCAUGAUUUUGAGAAGGCUUCUCGACUUUCUCAUGUCUCACGGAGUUGUUCUUGUGACGACUUCCAACAGACAUCCAGAUGAAUUGUACAAGAACGGUAUCCAGCGCGAGUCAUUCAUCCCCUGCAUCAACCUCCUGAAGACAGCGCUGGGCGUGAUCAAUCUCAACUCACCCACAGACUACCGUAAAAUCCCCCGUCCACCAUCCGGUGUUUACCAUCAUCCGCUCGGACCUGAGGCAGAACAGCAUGUGCAAAAAUGGUUCGACUUCUUGGGUGAUACGGUCAAUGACCCUCCACACCCUGCGACGCAGGAGGUCUGGGGACGCAAGAUUGAGGUUCCCCUGGCCAGUGGCCGCGCUGCGCAGUUCAAGUUCCAGCAGCUGCUGGGGAGUGCCACCGGUGCGGCCGAUUAUAUCGAAUUGGUUCGAAACUACGAUGCCUUUAUCGUGACUGAUGUCCCUGGGAUGUCCAUCAAUGAACGGGAUUUGGCGCGGAGAUUCAUCACGUUCAUCGAUGCCGUUUAUGAGGGCAGGGCCAAAUUAGUGCUCACGACCGAGGUCCCUCUUUCUCACCUCUUUAUCUCCGAAUCCGAAGCCAAGAGUUCCACUGGUGACGGCGAAGAUCUCUCGGAUGCGAUGCGUAUGAUGAUGGACGACCUGGGUCUCUCCGUGCAGGCUCUCAAGUCUACUUCGAUAUUCAGCGGUGAUGAGGAGCGGUUCGCUUUUGCUCGUGCGCUCUCCCGAUUAGCAGAGAUGGGCAGCAAGGAGUGGGUAGAGAGAGGACUGGGUGUUGGGAUGUUUGUGGAUGACAAACAGAGCGAGCACAAGGUGUAGGCUUCCCUUCUUUUCUAUUCUAUUUUGUUGUACAUAAGGUCCCUGUGUAUAUACUAUGUAGACAGG